CUUGGGGGCGCGCGGCAUCACGGGGCUUGUAGUCCGUCCCGCGGCUGCGCCUCCCGACACUACAACUCCCACGGGGCAGCGGGACGCCGCUCCCGCACCGACCGUGUAGGCUGGCCACCUCGCGGCGGGUAGGGGCUGCCGCCGCGGGGGCGGGGCGCAGAGAUGGCGGACGUGGUCGUGGGCAAGGAGAAGUGCGGCGAGCAGCGGCUGGUGUCGCUGCCCCUGUCCCGCAUCCGGGUCAUCAUGAAGAGCUCCCCCGAGGUGUCCAGCAUCAACCAGGAGGCGCUGGUGCUCACGGCCAAGGCCACGGAACUCUUUGUUCAAUAUCUCGCCACCUAUUCCUACAGACAUGGCAGUGGAAAAGAAAAGAAAGCACUCACUUACAGUGAUUUAUCAAAUACCGCAGAGGAAUCGGAAACGUUUCAGUUUCUUGCAGAUAUAUUACCAAAGAAGAUUUUAGCUAGUAAAUAUCUGAAAACUCUUAAAGAGAAGAGGGAAGAAGAGGAGGAGGAGGAGAAUGACAACAACGACGAGAGUGAUGACGAUGAAGCGGAAUCCUAAACCCAACGGAAGUGCUUUAGAGAUCAGCCUGGUGCGGAGCCUCAGGGAUCGGCGCCUUUGCUCUGGAGCAGGCAUUAGUCUGUUCACUCUUCAGAGACUUCACGUACCUUGUGUUCUUUCCUGGCUGAGACCAAGCAUAAUGUUACCUCUGCCAUAAACAGCCAAAAGGAAAGGAACCCAGACAGCAGCUUCUCUUCCCCAGGCCCACACUGCAGCUGCAGUGCGAGAGGACCAAGAAAGGGCUGCGUACCGCGAGACACAGCCGGUCUGCAGCUGU